GCCUCGUUUGCAAAGGCAUUGUCGCCAGCACUGCGUGAAAUACGCAUUCUAUGCUCGCAGACCGGUCAAGCAUCCGCAGGGACACGCCAGUUCAUAUUGUCUACGUACCCCACGAUCAAGCAACAUAAUCCUGACUUGCCAGUUAUGAUACGGGAAGCAAGUGGAACACCAGCUAGAGUAUUCGCAAGGUUUGAGCGCGGAGUUGAGAAGCACGUUGAGUUGGAUAACCUUUCCUCAUCAGAUGUUGCCUCGAAGGUAGCAUCGCUAUUGAGCGUG